AUGGGUCGACCGAAAAGUUUUGUUAUGCUUUUCCUGCUUCUUGUUGUUUACGCGUCGCCUUCGCAUCAAAGGAGCGUUCUUCAGAAUACUGUAAGCUUGAAAAAACGUAAUUUGUCCACAAGUUGUCUUGAAAAACAGUCUUGAAACUUGAAGAGUCUAGAAAACAUUCAUUCUUAAAUCGGCUGGGCCGAUUGUUUUUUGAACCAUUUGGUGACAAACCGAACCGAACCGAUCUUACAAACACCGUUCAAGUGCCGAAAAAGCACUUAGCCUAGGAUCACACAGAUCAUAGACUUAUACUAUUUUUGAAAUUUUUUCCACUACUACGUACAAGUACAGUAAUCCGUUUGUGUCCGAGAUACUACUUUUUGUUUCUCGCCCGCGAGUCUCUCAAAUUAUCGGAUCAACACCCUUUCGGCCGUUUUUCUGCAAAAUGCGCUACAGAUCGAUUCAAUUCGAAAACUCCGACACGGUUUCGUUUCGUUGUGUAGUACAGGUACUGCGCUGUCUCGCCCGGUGUCCAUUACGGACGGAGACGGGUAAAAACUAGAUGCCGUUUAAUGUAUUACAUUAUACGAAAAACUUUUUUUGUGUGUGUGUUUGUUGUUGUUAAUAAUCCCGACACACAACUAGACAUUGGCGCCAGGGCAGAGACAGGGGAUAUGUUUCUUUUUUCGUAAAAAAAUGAGAAGAGAGAGAGAGAGCACUCAAAGUGAUGGCCGGAUAAUAGAGAGAGAGAGAGGUGACCAGUGGCGAUGUGUCAACAAGAAACAAAACACAACGGGGCACUUGAAACUGAGAAAUGGAGUGCCGAUUUCGGGCACACCGGAAACUCUAGGGGAUGAUAUCGUAGACCGACCGACCCCAAUGGAAGAGAAAAAGCUAGGCCACGCUUCAGGACUGCUCCUACCACUCGGCCAACUACUCGGUCAGCUGGACGUAUGAUGAGCUGAGCAACGACGUCGUCUUCAAACUGGUCUCCCGCUCCUCGUUCACCAACUUUUACAGUGCAAUCGCCUUCGGAACUGGCGAACAGCCCGUAAGAGUGUCAUUCAUCAUCUCCCCAGUCCCAAUUAUAUUCGUUCAGGAGGAUGUCAUCGCGGUGUACGUGCGUUCCGCUCAAAUCGGACUCAUCGACGGACACCUCGUCGACGACGGAGCCAUCGAAUCGGACGAAAAGACGAACGUGCAGGCGUUGCAGUUCGAUUUGCAGAACGGAGUGCUCAGCGCACAGUGUGAGUGGGCAGGGAGAAGGUCUUGGCGCGAAAGUUUUUCAAAAUAAUUUCUAGGCCACACUUCUUUUACUGCUAUUUUUCACCGUAUUCGAGCGGAAGAGAAAGAUUGAUGUUCUUUGCUUAUUGCGAGCUUUUACGACACUCCAGAAUCCCGACAAGCGCACUUUGUUCACUGUAAAUCGAUACGAAAUUAAAUUAAAAACAACGUUCAUUUCGUUUCUUCCGUUUUCCGACAAAAGACGUGAAAUUUCUCGCCUUUUCUUUUUGAACAUUCGUUCGAAACGCCGAAAGACGGAGAAAUUCAGAAAAAAUGAGAAAAAAACGGAAACAUUCUGAAAAAUGCCCAAAAGAUCGAUAGAAAGCUUUCAAUUUCUCACUUUCACAUUUGUUUUUCUUUAAAAUUCUCUUUUUUUCGGUUGAAAUUGAGAAAAACGUCGAAAAUGUUCGUGCCUAUUUACGGUAAACAUAGCGCGCUUGUCGGAAUGUUGGAGUAUCGUAAAAUAUAACAUUUUGGAGAACUAACAAAAUUACAGUCGCCCGACCGAUUGAGACCUUCGACUCACAGGACGCCGACCUCGGAAAUUGUGUGGUGCGACUCUUUUUUCUUUCGUUUCAAGGCCAUUCAAAUAACUGUUCAGACAAUUUUUCUGCCGACCGAAUCUCGCGAGAUCAUCACGGGUGUCCCGUUGGAACUCGGCGAUCAGAAAAGCCUCCAGAAGAUCCGAGUAUGCGACAUUGCGGUCACUUGCGCCACCAAACUGCACAACGACGUGAUCGUGAAGCGGCAGGAGGACAGUGACGUGGCGCCGGUGUGUGCCACUGGUCCCGAAGAUCAGAAGAAUCGGAUCGAGUGGAAGGUGGACGGAGAGUUGGUUAGUCUGCUACUACUAGAUGGCCUAGAAUUACUUAAGCCACCUUUUUCUAUGUUCUAGAUCAAAUUCUCCGUGUUCCAAAACACGAAAAAAGGGCGCUGGUGGACGGCGAUCGGAGUCGGCGAGUCAAUGUCCGACCUCAACAUGAUCCUUUUAUUCGCCGAGACCGGAAAACUGAAGAAGCAGGGAAUCUUCCGGACCGAGGGAAAAAUGCAGCCGUUCGAGGUCGAGUACGCUGGAAUCGAACUGAAAAAGGAGGUGGCGGUGGUGAACAACGGACGGGCGCACUUCGAAGUGACCAUCGAGAAGAAGUUCUUCCUGGAUAGAGCUGUUAGUUUCCAAACGAUUUCGAUAAUAUCGACACUCUUUUUUUGCAGGACGAGCAGAGCUGUUUCACGAUGCAAGUGGCUAUCCUGGCUGGUCAAUAUCAGCCGAACUUUAACAUCCAGAAGCAUCAGACCACCCCACAGGCGAUUCAGAUUUGCAACGUCGACGCGUGUACCGUACCCACCGAGCCGCCACAAGAUGUGGACGGCGAAACGAACAAAGGCGAAGAAGAGAAGGAAGUGGAGAAAGAAAGAGUAGACGUCGAAGCUUCUGGAGUAGUGGGCGGAGCCACCGAACCGACGAAUGACGUGGAAGGCUCCGGACUCUCGAUGGUCGAGCAGAGGCCGGUUGCGACCUCCUCGACGCCUUCAACUGCCGAGGUGGCCGACGAGAAGCCGUUGACCGGGGACGAUGCACCACGCGAAGAAUCCACCACGUCAUCAGCCGCUCCGACGAGUUCUCAAUCCACACAACCGCCCACACCGCACGCAAGUCCGUUUUUCCUCCGAAUAUCCCAGCAAACGUUGGAAUUCACUCCAGAUCCCGUCUUCGUCGUCGACAAUCAGACGACCGAGAAAGUAGAGAAGGCGCAAAAGGAAGGCGAAGAAGAAGGCACGGAGACGACGACGCGGAAGAGCACGGGAUGCGGAGCGGAGCACGAGGAUCUUAAGAUUUGCGAAUCGUACUUUGCCGAGUAUUUGGGCAAAGUGAACGAGUGGUCCGAGAAGCACAACAUGACGAUUACGAGUCAUAUGUGGAAGGUACGCGCUUUCAAACGCGAAUUUUACGAGACUCCACAAUUCCGCAAUCUCGCUGUUUUUACCGUAAAUCGACACGCAUUUUUUUAAAAACAGCUUUCCUCGCUUUUUACAGAAAAAGUUGGAUUUCUCGGCUUUUCGUUGAAAAAUGAAUAAAAACCUCAAAAACAUGUUGUCGAUUUACGAUACUUUGCGCUUGUCGGAAUUGUGGAGUGCCGUUUGGAAAGUUUGCUGCUUCUCAAAAGAUUACAACUUUUCAGGCGUGCACACUGCUCUCCCAGGUACAGCACGUGACCACAAUGUGCUGUGGAAUCUUUCGAAACACUUGUGCCACACAUCUCAGCCUCUAA